AUGAGUACCUGGGUUGGAUUAGGCAUGAAAGGCGGAUUGACUAUUACGGUGUUACUUUUGACCACCUGGUUCCUGCUGACGAUGCCGACCCGGAGGUGCUGCAGAUUAAUAUCACUGAGACGGAGGAGGACGAGGGGGCGUAUGCGAACAAGUAUUUACUGUUCCCGGUGGAUGCUAAGGAUUACACGGGGAAGAAGGUUCUCGCCGUACCAAGGUGCCGUCAGAAACGGAAUGGUACACAAGACCGCAGGAAAGUGA